AUGUCGAUUUUGGCGUACAACGGGGGCGCGAUGGUAGCAAUGAAAGGCGAAAACUGCGUCGCGAUCGCCGCCGAUCGCCGCUUCGGCAUCCAAGCCCAAACCGUCGCCACGAACUUCGAGAAGGUCUUCGAAAUGGGCCCCCACCUGUUCGUCGGCCUGCCCGGCCUGGCCACCGACACGCAAACCGUCAUGGAGAAGCUCCGGUUCCGCAAGAACCUCUACGAGCUGAAGGAGAACCGGCGCAUCUCGCCCAAGGUGUUCGCCGCCAUGAUAUCCAACAUGCUGUACGAGAAGAGGUUCGGGCCGUUCUUCGUGGAACCCGUGGUGGCCGGUCUGGCGCCCGAUACGUUCGAACCUUACAUAUGCAACAUGGAUUUGAUCGGUUGCCUUAACGAACCCAGCGAUUUCGUUGUAGGGGGUACCGCUUCGGCGCAAUUGUACGGAAUGUGCGAAUCAUUAUGGGAGCCUAAUUUAGCACCCGAUGAUCUGUUCGAAACCAUUUCGCAGGCUCUAAUAAACGCCUUCGAUAGGGACGCUAUAUCCGGUUGGGGAGCUACGGUUUAUAUUGUAGAAAAGGAUAAAGUAACCAUAAGAAACCUAAAAACUCGUAUGGAUUAA